AUGGCACAAGGAGCAGCCGACGCUGUGAAGAACACUCUUGGGAUGAGUCCCACCACCAACAACCCUAGCAGCCCGGCAGGCAGGACCCACCCGAGCAAUCCUAGUAGCCCAGCUGGCAUGACCCGUCCGAGCAACCCUAGCUCAAGGAAUAUUUGA